AUGCAUAUUCGCAACAGGACCCCAAUCACAUUGUCACAGGCUUUCGCUCAAGCCGCUCGCCCGGCGCGCAUCACAACUAAUACUCCGUUAAACUCCGCAAAGAAACAAGAGUGUAUACAAAUAAAGAAAAUGAACUAUAAAAUAUUGCUAACGUUCCUGUUAAUUACAAAAUCUACGGGAGGCUAUGAAGAAGCUUACGUAAAGGCUGUUGACGACGAUUAUGAUUCUAUUAAUAUUGAAACAGGAGGCCUAGGGGAUGAUGGGGAAUCCCCUCUUCGGAACAACUAUAGUAGAGGACAUGGACGCUCAAAUUACAACAAUCCCCUCGUCGAUCUCAUCACAAAGAUAAUAGGAAACGGAUUCACGUCGAAGGGCUCCAAUUUUUUUGACUUUCUGCAAGAUCAGUACAAUUUGCCCCGAGGCAUGAAGAACGGACGUUGUUUUUGGCCCCGCGGAAACGCCGUGGGGGGUACCAGUGUGAUUAACUACAUGAUCUACACCCGCGGCAGACCUCAAGAUUGGGAUCGAAUAGCUGCUGCCGGCAACAAUGGGUGGUCUUACAAUGACGUUCUGAAAUAUUACAAGAAAAUGGAAAAGGCCGAUUUGAAGGGUUACGAGAAAGCCUAUCACAGAGGUCGAGAUGGAGAAUUGCCCGUAGAGUUUGUUGCAAAAAAAACAAAACUCCUUAACGCCUUUUUAGAGGCCGGUAGGAUACUUGGACAUCCGACAGUUGAUUACAACGCUCCCGAAACGCUCGGAUUUGGAAAAGUUCAAGUGACUAUGAGCGGUGGUCGUAGACAGAGUGCAGCUAAAGCAUUUCUACAUACUCACAAGAACAGACCAAAUCUGCAUAUUAUACCCGAAAGUAGGGUGACAAAGGUUCUUAUUGAUCCUCAUACUAAAAUAGCUUACGGCAUUGAAUACAUACGGAAUAACGUUUUACGCAGUGUAACUGUUCGAAAAGAAGUUAUAUUAUCGGCGGGACCUAUUGCAUCCCCGCAGUUAUUAAUGCUGUCCGGAAUAGGGCCCAAGGAAAACUUAAAUUCGGUGGGCAUUAAUGUCAUUAAUGAUCUUCCAGUGGGCAAAACUCUAUACGACCAUAUUUGCUUCCCGGGACUUGUAUUUACGCUCAACGAAACAAAUAUAAGCUUCCUCGAAGCGAAGGCGACCAAUAUUCACUCAAUAACAGAAUGGCUAAGAAACGGAGAUAACGAAAUAUCAUCACCUGGUGGUGUGGAAGGAAUAGGUUAUAUCAAAACUCCUGUUUCCGAAGAUCCAGAGUUGGUGCCCGAUAUUGAGCUCAUAAGUAUUGGGGGUUCUAUCGUGUCAGACGGUGGACCGGGCGGGAGUAAAGCUGUUCGUAGAGGAAUGAGAAUUACAGAUGACGUCUUUGAUAGAGCUUUCGGAGCAAUAGAUGACACAGACACUUGGAGUGCGUUUCCAAUGCUGCUGAAACCAAAGUCUUUCGGUUAUCUCGAGUUAAAGGACAACAAUCCGUUCAGCCAUCCUAGACUUUACGGAAACUAUUUGACGGAUCCACGCGAUGUGGCCACAUUUGUAGCAGCAAUUCGGCACGUCCAGGCGUUGGCCAAGACGGCACCCUUCCAAAAGUUUGGGGCAAAGAUACACCAAGCAAAAUAUCCGGCGUGCCUCUCACUUCAAUUUGACUCCGACGAAUACUGGGAAUGUGCGGUGCGUACGCUAACUGCAACGUUACAUCACCAAGUGGCCACCUGUCGAAUGGGUCCAGAAGGGGAUCCCCUUGCAGUGGUAGAUCCCGAGUUGCGAGUACAUGGUAUGAAAAUGUUGCGUGUCGUUGACACGGGGAUUAUUCCGAGCCCAACGUCCGCUCACACUAAUGCACCUGGAAUGAUGAUAGAUGAUGAAGCGACGGUGGAGAUUGACGAAAGUCUGUUUGCUCAUCCCCAUUCGUGUGACCAACGCUGCGAGAAAGAAACGACAAGGAGGAAAAAAGACUUGAAUAGAGCUACUCCACCUGAAAACAGUUUGGUUAUAGAAGCGAUGUUGAAAACGCCGAUGCUGCUAAUGCAUCAGUCAGAUUCGGAUAUACUUUCAAUAUUGAGGGAUCGCUACGAUUUACCAAAAGGUUUUAAGACGCCUCUAGUGGAGUACGACUUUAUCGUAGUCGGUGCGGGAUCUGCUGGCAGCGUACUCGCCGCGCGACUGAGUGAGAGCAGGAAGGCCUCCGUUCUUCUGCUAGAAGCUGGGCAGGAGGAGUCUGUGUUCACUAGCGUGCCAGUGCUCGCACCGCUAUUUCAACGCACGGACUACGUUUGGCCUUACUUAAUGGAACACCAACCAGGCGUUUGCAUGGGGAUGGAAGACGAAAGAUGUUACUGGCCUCGAGGGAAGGCGGUGGGAGGCUCGAGUGUGGUCAACUACAUGAUCUACACGAGGGGCUUACCCGAGGACUGGAAUAGAAUCGCGGCUCAGGGAAAUUACGGCUGGUCCUACGAAGAAGUGCUGCCGUACUACAUAAAGACCGAACGCGCAAAUCUGAAAGGUCUAUCGGACUCACCGUGGCAUGGAAAGGACGGCGAACUCACUGUUGAAUAUGUCCCAUUUAGAUCGAAAUUAUCGAAGGCGCUCCUGGAUGCAGCGAAGUUGUUAGGGCAUCGGAGGGUCGACUACAACAGCCCGGAUGGAUUCGGUUUCAAUUACAUCCAAGCAACCAUGAAUCGAGGAAUUCGUAUGAGCAGCGCGAAAGCAUUCCUACAUAAUCACAAGAAUCGCAGAAACUUGCACAUACUGCCGAACAGUCGAGUGACAAAAGUAUUGAUAGACCCUAAUACAAAGACGGCGCAGGGUGUAGAAUUUUACAGGGACGGUCGUUUGUACGAAAUACGGGCAAAAAAAGAAGUCAUCCUAUCAGCGGGUCCCAUUGAGUCCCCACAUUUAUUAAUGCUAUCCGGCAUUGGUCCCAAAAUCCACUUAGAAUCGUUUGGUAUACAAGUAAUAAAGGAUUUGAAAGUCGGAGAGAGUCUGUAUGAUCACAUAUCCUUUCCCGCUUUAACGUUUACUCUCAACACUACUAGGUUGACCAUCGCAGAGAGAAACAUAGGUACAAUACAGAAUGCUAUGUCAUUGAUGCAAUUCGGCGAUGGCCCAAUGACAUCGCUUGCUGGCGUCGAAACAUUAGGUUACAUGAAAACGAGCGUAUCAGAUGAAGUUGGUGAAUAUCCGGACGUCGAAAUUUUGGGCGCGUGCGCCUCCCUGGCAACAGAUAAUGGUAAAUUCGUAGCGAAAGGUAUAAAAAUGGCCGAUUGGCUGUACAACGACGUGUACAGGCCAAUCGAAAAUAUCGAGAGUUUCACUGUCUUCAUGAUGCUCCUGCACCCGAAAUCGAAAGGUCACUUGAAACUUAAAUCGAAGGACCCUUUCGAGCAGCCGGCACUGAACGGCAACUACUUACAACACCCGAAGGACGUCGCAACAAUAAUAGCUGCCAUCAGGCACAUAGAAAAACUAGUAGGUACGACGCCCUUCCAAAAGUACGGAGCGACAAUCUACAAGAGAAAGUUCCCGAAUUGUAAGCAGUUCACGUUCGGUACAGACGCUUACUGGGAGUGCGCGGUGCGGACCGUCACUGCGACGUUGCAUCACCAAAUAGCAACCUGCAAAAUGGGCCCAACAACGGACCCUUACGCCGUCGUGGACCCAGAGUUGAGGGUAUACGGUGUGAGGAAUCUUCGUGUGGUGGACAGCAGCAUCAUACCGCAAACAACGGCGGCGCAUACCAAUGCCCCCGCUAUCAUGAUAGGAGAGAAAGGCGCUCAUAUGAUUAAGAGUACUUGGGGGAUUGAU